AUGCUAGAAAACUUGACAAAGGUCACGGAAAAAGGUCCAACACGGCCGGCAUCAUUUAAUGGAUUGAUAUGGUCCAUCAACGCCAUAAUGUGCCUGUACGAGCAGCAAAAAGAGUUAGGAUUUCCUUAUUUACUUACCAACAGGCUGAAUCAGGAUAUAUUAGAGAAUUCUUUUGCUGGAUAUCGUCAAAGAGGCGGUUAUAAUGUAAGAACAUUCAGGACGACAUUUCGUAUGACUGCGAAAAUCAAUCUAAUGAAACCUUCUAAUUUGAGUAACUGCGAAGAAGAUGAAGACAGCCUACUGAUAACGAGAGGUGCAAUAGAAAGUUCGAACCAGAAUCCUCCAGAAGUGGAGACUUCUUCGUCAAGAAGUCCCCGUUCGGAAGAACCGAAAUCGGAGUCGCCGGCUUCAUUCGCCUCAUCGAGAAGUGAUCCAUUUACAUUUUGGAUUCCUCAUCAAUCAUUUGAUUGUAGUAAAAUUAUAUAA